GUGACGUCACACGCUGGCCACGCUUCCAUGGUAACGGGCGUCUCGGCGCUACCGGAAGUGGGAAUCAGGGUGCCGUGCUCCCUCACAUACGCCGCUUCCGGCGGGAGAAGGUGGCUCUUUGCCCUAACCGGUUCUCUGCCGGGAUGUCCCGCUGACCUGGCAUUUGCUUUGUAUUACUGGCUGCGUUUUAUCCAUCGUUUACCUGUCCCGCCGCACGUUGUGACUGGGAGCUUAUGUGUUGGCCGAGGGAGAAGCCGCGAUGAUGGUGUGAGACCGGUGAGCCACAGCGGGCGCUUGUCUUUUCCUGCGCCUUCACGCCAGACCCCUGUGUGUAAUCUUCUGUCUUGGAUUCAUUUUGUUUUUAUUGUUAGCGCUUGAUUUCACCCACUAAAAUAUCUUCCUGAAACGAAAACUUUCCUCCAAGGCCUGGAUCUUGCCAUUCGGUCUCCGUUUCCGGUCGUUUCUAGGAAAUAAGGCUGCAAAGAAAUGGCCUCUUCGUCGGGGAACGAUGAUGACCUCACUAUUCCCAGGGCUGCCAUCAAUAAAAUGAUUAAAGAAACUCUGCCCAGUGUUAGAGUAGCCAACGACGCUCGCGAGCUAGUGGUAAACUGCUGCACCGAGUUCAUCCACCUCAUCUCCUCGGAGGCAAACGAGAUCUGUAACAAGUCCGAGAAAAAAACGAUAUCCCCCGAGCAUGUCAUCCAGGCACUAGAAAGCUUGGGUUUUGGUUCCUACAUCAGUGAAGUAAAAGAAGUCCUUCAAGAAUGCAAAACUGUUGCAUUAAAACGACGAAAAGCAAGUUCUCGUCUUGAAAAUCUUGGCAUUCCUGAAGAAGAACUUCUAAGGCAGCAGCAAGAGCUAUUUGCAAAAGCAAGACAGCAGCAAGCCGAAUUGGCCCAACAGGAGUGGCUACAAAUGCAGCAGGCUGCUCAACAAGCACAACUUGCAGCUGCAACUGCCAGCGCUUCAAACCAGGCCGGUUCCUCUCAAGACGAGGAAGAGGAUGAUAUCUGAGUAUUUCCACCUAUGUUAAUAUCGGCCUUUGAAUAGCUUUUCGCUUGCACAAAAAGAAGUGAAAAAUGCUUAAUUGUAAAAUUUUUUUAUGCAUCUUGGUGGACUGGUUAUUGGUAUUCUAGGGAUGUCUGUUAAGUCUCCGCUCUUGUAUGCAACAUACAUGUACAAAUAUCCUUUUUGAACUGUUAAACAGUAAGGUUCAUUAUCAUAUCAAAAGAACAUUUUUAACCGCCUUUGAGAAUUUUAUAUUAGCAAUCAGUCAUUAACUUGAUCAAUAAGCAGUGUUAAACCAGAAUACAUCUUUAUUAAAUAUAGCGAGAUUUAUACAGAAACUCUAAAAACACUUUUGCAUUUACCUUUUAACUAAGCUUAAAAAAAAUCUUAGGGGUUUUUUUUUGUUUUAUUUUUUAAUUUUUGUGGGAUGGGUUGGGAUUUUGGUUUGUCUGACAGACACUUGAUGAAGUCAAAGAUCACUGUCAGGAAAGUGUGUCUGUAAUACUGAAUUUUAGGGGAGGAUGUGAAACCUUUGUACAGGGCAAAAACAUUGGGGGCUUUGCAAACAAAGAAAUUCAAAAUUGUGUCAGUACAGGAAACAUCAGCCCAAACAUGGCUGGGAAGGGAUCUUUUUUUAGCAAUUCAUGUGGAAACUGAGUUUUUUUUUUUUUUAAGACCCUUUAAGAGUUAAUAAAAGGACAUGUGCAAUCCAAGCUCUUUUUAAAGGGGAACCACAAUUUAAAACUUCAUCUGGUGCAAAGUAAAUAUGUGAAGGAUGGCUAAUAAUAAUUAUAUUUGUGGUUGUAACUUCAUUAUUUUCUUACCCCAAAACAUGUUAGGGUUUUUCUUUUUUUUUUUUUUAAUUUACUCUGGCACGUCACAGCUAUAAAUGGUUGUAUAUUUGUAUUUUUAAUUGUAUUUGAUUAGUAUAUUGCUGUAUGGUCCUAGUUAGCAUUUAACCUGCACCUUGAAUUUAGUAACUGUAAUAAAAUUGGGACUUGUGUUU